AUGGCUUCCGCCUGCUCGACUUCCUCCCGCCUCGAGACCCUUCCCAAGUCGCCAAUUCGUGUCCUCCGCUCUGUUGAAUCAGUCCGUCGGUGGCGAAAACCCCAUGUCAUUGAUCAUCGCUCUGUCGGCCUCGUGCCCACCAUGGGUGCUCUACACGAGGGCCACCUUGCUUUGAUCCGCGCCGCUGCCAAAGAGAACCACCAUGUCAUUGUGAGCAUAUACGUAAACCCUGCCCAGUUUGGUAUCAAGGAGGACCUGUCAUCGUAUCCUGUGACUUGGGAGGAGGACGCAAAGAAGCUAGCGGCUUUGGAUAGAGAGCUUGCAGAUGAUGGAGGAAACUUGGGUCGCAUUUCCGCCGUGUUCGCGCCGACGACACCGGAGAUGUACCCAAGUGGCUUCCCAGGCCAGGAAAUCGAUAGUAAGGGAAGCUUUGUUACCAUCACGCCCGUGGGAGAAGUCCUCGAGGGUGCUAGCAGACCAACCUUCUUCCGUGGUGUUGCGACGGUGUGCUUGAAACUCUUCAAUAUUGUCCAACCUGAGCGUGUAUACUUUGGACAAAAGGAUGUUCAACAGACAGUUGUCAUCCGAAGAAUGGUCAAGGACUUUAUCUUGCCCCUGCAGGUCGUUGUUCAGCCUACUGAGCGCGAAAGAGAUGGACUUGCACUCAGCUCACGAAACGUCUACCUUGGACCUAGGCGAAGAGCUGCCGCUAUUGUCCUUCCAAACGCACUGCAUGCCGCUGCCGCUGCUUACACAAAAGACGGCUCCUAUACCAGGGAAACCGUUCUUGGUGCGGCACAUAAAGUUAUCGAUGCAUUUGCAUCAGAGCAGUCCAAGCUUCCUCCCACUGAGCGUGUGGCCUUCGAGGUUGACUAUAUCUCCCUUGCAGAUCCAGACGCAUUGGUAGAGGUUGACGAGAUUGACCCGUCGCGUGGAGCUGUUCUAAGUGGCGCAAUCAAAAUGCUGCCCGUUGAAGAGGCCAAGAAAGGUGAGGAUCUAGGCUUCAGUGGAGGACCACCCGUGCGGUUGAUCGAUAACAUCAUCCUCAAGCCCCAAGAUUCCAACAGUGCAUAG